AUGAGAACUUACGAUGAUGGCAUGCUUGGCCACUUCUCCACGUCCCUGGGUGACCCUGUUGCAGGUGAGCACAAGGCUUCUAGAAUCGUCCACGGAACUCCGUCAGUACCUGGUGCACGCCCGUACCAGGUAUCUUUCCAGGUGAAUUCCAAAGGCGUAUGGCGCCACAUUUGUGGAGGGACGUUGGUCACUCUCAACAAGAUAGUCACGGCGGCACACUGCGCCGUGGCGUACCCCCAGCUCCCCUGGAGGGUGGAGCUGGGCACUGUGGUCAAGUAUGACGAGACCAAUCCCUACAGACAGGCCAUCAACGUGUCGUCGUAUGUGGUCCACGAGGACUACAGCCCACUGGACAACUUGCCCAACGACAUCGCCAUCUUGACGCUAGUCCAGAACGCUGAGCUUUCUCCAUACGUUCUACCUGCCAUACUGCCUGUCACUGGAGAGGAUUUUCUCGACAAGCCCUGUAUACUCAGCGGUUUUGGUAACACCAACUGGACCAGUGGAGGAUCCCCCAUUCUGAGAGAGACGACCUCCAGAGUUAUUGCUAAUGACGACUGCACUAAUUACUACCAAACUAUCCCAGAGGACCCCUCGCCUGACGAACAUGUGGGGGACGGACACAUUUGCAUGUUUGACCUGAGCAAACCUGCCGGUGAACGACCUGGGGUUUGUUUCGGCGACAGUGGUAGCCCAGCACUCUGCGAGGGCGCCUUCAACAUCAAAUAUUUCGCUGGCAUCGCUUCUUGGAUUCACGCAUGCGAUGCUUCAGUGUCAACUUCUUAG